UUUCGUCUUAUUUUUUUUUUUUUUUUUUUUCACUUGUGUCAAGACUUGAUCCGGCCCAGGCCAGUGCAAAGUGAACUAUCGACCGGCUGUGACGUGUCUCUCAGACUGCGUACACUCCACACACUCUUCAUUUUAAUAUCCAUCAAAGGGAAAAGAAAAAAAAAAGUUGAGUGUUUCCUACCUUGUUUUUUCUCCAAGUGUUGUUUCUUCGUUGUGAUUCAAGUGUAAAGAUCAUCGAGGAAAGUCGAAAACACAUCAGCGUGGAGUGGUUGACCAUCGGUGCUGCUGAUCACUGGGCAUCAUCAGCAGCAGCAGCAGUCGACAAUAGCAACAAGGACGACAUCUUGAAUUACGUUUUCGAAUUGAAUCAUCGUCUGCUAGAGUCGUGUGGAAACUCGAAAAUUGAUAAUUCUGCCAACAUCAUGGCCUACCUGGCCAAAGGCAACCCGUACGCCAUGAACAUGGGAGUCGGCAUGGGCCCAGUAGGACUUCAUCAUCAUCACGCUCAGGUGGGCGUCGGCGGCGGUGGAAUGCCCGGUCUGGCCGGUUUGGCUAUGCCUCCGUCGGCCAUGGACCCGCUCCACUCGGCCGUCGGGUUCCCUCCAGGUAUGGACCGACCAUGGAGUAACGGAGCUGGAAGGAAACAGAGGCGAGAACGGACGACGUUCACUCGUGGCCAACUGGAUGUUCUUGAAUCAUUAUUCGCUAAAACUCGUUAUCCGGACAUAUUCAUGCGCGAAGAAGUGGCUCUCAAAAUCAACCUGCCUGAAUCUCGUGUCCAGGUUUGGUUCAAAAACAGACGGGCCAAGUGUCGCCAACAGUCGCAGCAGCAGCAACAGCAACAACAGCAGCAGCAAAAUUCCGGCGGAGGGUCUGGUGGUAGCAAGAGCACCGGAACACCGAGGCCUAAGAAGAUCAAGAACUCGCCGGGCAGCCCCGUUUCGAACCGCCAACAACAGCAACAACAACAACAACAAUCGUCGAUCAUCAAUUCGACUCCGAGUCAGCCGGGUCUUGGCCUGCAGCAACAACAGCAGCAAAUUCAGCAGCAGCAACAACAACAACAACAUCAAACGAAGAUGCAUCGCGAUUGCAGUCCGCCUUCCUCGCUUCCCCUACACUCUCCGCACACGCCGUCGUCGUCUGUAACGCCUACACCGACGCCUCCACCGUUAGGUGCCGGCGGAUUGACGGGCGGUUACGGCACGAUGGUGGCCGGUAUGGUUGACGUCUCUACACACGCUUCUACUGGCGGAGGUGUAGGCAGUGUCGGUGGAGGUUAUGGAAAUGGCGGCAAUACGAAUUUCUGGGGCGGACACGAUUUUCACGUUCCUUCGCCGCAACGGGCCGGCUCUUACGGCCUCGCCGCUGGACCUAAAAUGACGGGGUCGAAUUCGUCGGUCGGCACUCCGAUGAGCGGUUCCAUGGGCUCGUUUUCGUCACCUAGUUCGAUGCACGGCAUGUCCCCAAUGGGUAUGAUGCCAACCGGUUAUCCAUCACCCAACCCGAGUCCGGCCGGAUGCUACGGUGUAGCUACGGCUGGAGGAUACGCGGCUGCUGCCGCUGCCGCCGCCAAUGCGGCUCCUUAUUACAGUAACGUCGGCAUGGACUACCACCAUCACCACCACAGUACCCAUUCCAUGGCCAGUCAUCAUCAUUCCAUGGGAUCUUACGGACAGAUGUCUAGUUACCCGGGAUCGGCUCAAUCGGCCUAUGCCAGCGCUUCGGCAGCCGCUCAGGCGGCCGUCCAGGCGAAUCAUCAUCACGGCGGUGGUGUCGUCAUCGGCAACGGCCGACCGACUGUUCCUAGCGGCGGAUCGCAACAGCAACAGCAGCAAGACUGUUUGGAUUACGAGGCCAAAUUUCAAGUGCUGUGAGCGUUUGAGUUUUUAUUUCACAAUUUUCGUGUAUAGAUCCUGAAAUAUUCUUCAUUUACUUUCUCUCUCCUUAUGUGUGUGUCUUUCCCGACGUCAUUUUUGUUUUUAUGUGAUGACUUUGAAAAAAAAAACAUUAACUUACACAGAAAAAGAGAUCAAAUAGUGUCUUCCCCCCCUCAUCUUUCGAUUUUGCCCUUGAAUCCCCGCCCUUUAUAUUUUUUUUUCUUUUAGAAUUAUCUUGGAUUUUUUUUUUUUUUUUUUUUUUUUUUUUUAUGUGACCAUAUUUUCUUGACUACGGAUUUAAAGAGAAUUUGAAACUGGGGAUGAGAAAACAAAAAUUCAUUUAUCGAUAUUAAUUGUCAUUUUCUUCCUGUCUCGUCUCUUCGUGUUUCCAGCUGCCCCACCCGAUUUAUUUUAUAUCCCCGAAUUCUUUCCUUUUAAAAACAAAAAAAAAAAAAACAAGAACUGUAUAUUUUGAUUGAAUAUGAAAAAGGCAAGACAAUUAUUUGGAUUUGAAAAAAAAAAAAAAUUGUUAUGGUUUUUAAUUAAUUUCGUGUUUUUGGGGGGGACGAGAGUUAAGUCUGAUGUUCUGGAUGUGUUUUUCUUUUCCAAAAGGGGUGGGGGAUGUUCAAUUCAAAUCUUGGUAUUUAUUUUUUUGGGAAAGAAAUUCCUAAAUGAGAAAAUUUGUUGAUUAUAGCUCAAAAUGUUUUUUUUCUUUGAUUUGAUUGUCGUCUUUCUGUGUGUGACAUUUUCUUUUCAAUCGAUUGAAACUUGUAAAUAUUUUUCGGGAUAAACUGAACAUUGAGUUGAUUCAUUUUUUGUUUUUUCGUCUUGUGUGUUGCAUUUGUUUCACUUUCCUAUUCGAAGAAAAACAAAACAAAAAUGGACAACAUUUCAUUUCUGAUUGCGUCAUAUCACGUAAACAAUUUCCCUGUCUUAUCGAUCGUCAUUUGUUUCUUGUUUUGAUGAACAAAAAGUGUCGCAUUCCGAGUCAUUUCAAUUCCCUCCCACAAUUGCGUGUGUGUAUCUAAUAUUUUUCGUUUGUGAUGUGUGUCUCAAUUUUUAACUUCCCAUUUUUUGUGUGUAUGUGUGUGUGUGUGUGUGUGUGACAAAAAAAAAAAAAGAACCGAUCAAAAAAAAAAAAAAUGAAAAAAAAAAAAAAUAUCAAUCGUAUCCAUUUCCGCACAUUUCCAUUUUGGUUUUUGCCAUCAACUCAUUUCACCCUGGAACAUUUUUUGGACCCCGUUUCUCGAUGGCGUUCGUCUCAACUCUUCUUAUUUGAAAUAUAUAUAAAUAUAAUAUUAUAACAAUUUUUUCCUCGGAUACUAUCACACACAAUACACAAACAAAAUUCG